GGAAAAGGAAACCGUUUGAGAGAAGAGGAUGAGAAGUGAGAUACAUCCUGAACAAACCGUGUGAAGACAAUCUUGUGACAGCUUUGUCGCAGGGAGGCCCAAAGUCCAACAUAAAUGGGAAAAGCAAGGUUGUGACGUAAAAAGAGAGGUUUAGAAAAGGAACUAGAGAGGCUACAGAAAACCUGAGACUGAAAAGAAUUCCUGUUCUGUUGAAAGAAUUUAUUUUGUGAAAUUCCGGCAUUGCAUGGGAAUCAUAAAUUACAAACAAUGGAAUAUCCUCUACAUUCCCAUCCCAGCGCCCAUAAAGGGAAGAAGCCAUAUGAAUGUGUGCAAUGUGGAAAGAGCUUCAGUCAGAGUGAAGGUCUGCAUUGCCAUCAAAGGACCUAUACAGGGGAGAAGCCAUACAAAUGCAUGGAAUGUGGAAAGAGCUUCAGUUGGAGUAAAGAUCUUCGUUGCCAUCAAAGGACCCAUACAGGGGAGAAACCUUAUGAAUGCAUGGAAUGUGGAAAGAGCUUCAAUUGGAGUAAAGAUCUGCGUUCCCAUCAAAGGACCCAUACAGGGGAGAAACCUUAUGAAUGCAUGGAAUGUGGAAAGAGCUUCAGUUGGAGUAAAAAUCUGCGUUGCCAUCAAAGGACCUAUACAGGGGAGAAGCCAUAUAAAUGUAUGGAAUGUGGAAAGAGCUUCAGUUGGAGUAAAAAUCUGCGUUGCCAUCAAAGGACCCAUACAGGGGAGAAACCUUAUGAAUGCAUGGAAUGUGGAAAGAGCUUCAAUUGGAGUAAAGAUCUGUGUUCCCAUCAAAGGACCCAUACAGGGGAGAAACCUUAUGAAUGCAUGGAAUGUGGAAAGAGCUUCAGUUGGAGUAAAAAUCUGCGUUGCCAUCAAAGGACCUAUACAGGGGAGAAACCUUAUGAAUGCAUGGAAUGUGGAAAGAGCUUCAAUUGGAGUAAAGAUCUGCGUUCCCAUCAAAGGACCCAUACAGGGGAGAAACCUUAUGAAUGCAUGGAAUGUGGGAAAAGUUUCAGUAGAAGUGCACAUCUGCAUUGCCAUCAAAGGAUCCAUACGGGGGAGAAGCCAUAUAAGUGCAUGGAAUGUGGAAAGACCUUCUCUGAGAGUGGAACGUUGCAUACCCAUCAAAGGGCCCACACAGGGGAGAAACCAUAUGAAUGCAUGGAAUGUGGAAAGAGCUUCUCUCAGAGUGGAGUGCUGCAAGCCCAUGAAAGGAUCCACAAUGAGAAGCCAUAUAAAUGCAUGGAAUGUGGAAAGAGCUUCAGUAGAAGUGCACAUCUGCAUCGCCAUGAAAGGACUCACACAGGGGAGAAGCCAUAUAAAUGCAUGGAAUGUGGAAAGAGCUUCUCUCAGAGUGUACAUCUGCUUUGCCAUGAAAGGACCCACACAGGGGUGAAGCCAUAUAAAUGCAUGGAAUGCGGAAAGAGCUUUAGUCAGAGUGCAGCUCUGUUCUCCCAUCAAAGGACCCACACUGGGGAGAAGCCAUUUGGAUGCAUGGAAUGUGGAAAGAGCUUCUCUCAGAGGGUACAUCUGCAUUGCCAUGAAAGGACCCACAGGGGAGAAGCCAUAUAAAUGCAUGGAAUGUGGAAAGAGCUUCUC